AUGUUGUUCGAGCCAGAACAAACUUGGUUACAUGAAGUAAUUUCUGAACGUGAAAACAGACAGACAUCCAGUGCUGUCAACAGGUCAGUGGCCGAAGACAACUUCGGAUUUUCCCGAUGUUUGCCGAAGAGUAUAUUUCUAUAAAUUAUGAAAUAAUACUUCAUAUUUAAUAUUUUUGUUGACUUUAAAAUGUUUAGAGGGCAAAAUAUGUUGUGUUACAAUCGUGGUUGGGUCGAACAAUAUGUGGAAAGCGAAAAUAGCGAAGGAAAAAAGAUUAAAAUUGGAUUUUAG